AUGGCUCGUCUUGUUUAUCCGUGUGCUGCUUGCAAGAUUCAACGAAGAAGAUGUGGAGAUAAAUGCGUGCUCGCUCCUUAUUUCCCACCAGACGAUACUCACAAAUUCUUAGUUCUACACAAAUUCUUUGGAACAAGAACCAUUGUAAAAAUGCUUGAGAUCGAAAUUACAACGCAGAUUUUAUUUCAACAGCAUUCCUUUCUUGUGCAGGAUAUUCCGGCUGAGAGGAGAGCAGAUGCUGUAACAAGUCUGGUUUAUGAAGCAAGUGCGAGAUUGAAUGAUCCAAUCUACGGUUGCGCUGGCGCCAUCUGUCGAUUGCAGAAGGAAGUAUUACACCUUCAAUCAGAACUGGCAGCCACUAAGGUAGAGCUGCUCAAUACACAGGCUAAUCUUGCGUCUCUUGCCACCGGCUUUUGCAAUGUCGGUGGAGCAAAAACUGGUAUGGAUUUAGUGCACCAAAACGAUCCAUUUAGUAAUAACGAAGCAAUAGAUUUGCAAGAUGAUGACGACCCGUUUAGAUUAUGGGCGCCACUGUGA